GUCUCUUCCUUUCCCUUUUUCAGAUUUGACCCUCUCUUUGUUUUGAAAAGAAUCGAUUUUCAGUAGCCGCCGGGAAUUAGGAGAAUGGUGUCUCCGGAGAACACAAACUGGCUUAGUGAUUACCCUUUGAUUGAUGGUGCUUUCUCUGAUCAGAAUCCUACCUUCCCUUGGCAGAUCGAUGCUUCAGCUACUGUCAGUGUUGAAGUUGAUGGCUUCCUUUGUGAUUCAGAUGUGAUCAAAGAACCAGGCUCAAGGAAGAGGAUCAAAACUGAAUCUUGCGCUGGUUCUAACUCGAAAGCUUGUAGGGAGAAACAGAGACGUGAUAGACUAAAUGACAAAUUUACGGAAUUGAGUUCCAUAUUGGAACCUGGGAGAGCUCCAAAAACAGACAAGGUUGCUAUUAUCAAUGAUGCUAUUCGCAUGGUGAAUCAAGCCAGAGAAGAAGCACAGAAACUAAAGGACUUGAAUUCAAGCCUCCAGGAGAAAAUCAAGGAGUUGAAGGAUGAGAAAAACGAGCUGCGUGAUGAGAAACAAAAGCUAAAGGUCGAGAAGGAGAGAAUCGAUCAGCAGCUGAAAGCGAUUAAGACACAGCCUCAGCCUCAACCUUGUUUCUUACCAAAUCCACCAACACUUUCUCAAGCUCAAGCUCCUGGAAGCAAGCUUGUCCCUUUCACUACUUAUCCCGGCUUUGCAAUGUGGCAAUUCAUGCCUCCUGCUGCUGUUGAUACUUCACAGGACCAUGUCCUUCGUCCUCCAGUUGCUUAAAGCUGCUGCUUCUCUCUACUAUUGACGGUUCAGGUGCUUUUUUUCUGAUGUAUUGAUUAUCACAUUCUGUGAUUGGAGACAUAAUCCGAUGCAACUUAAAAUGUAAAAAUGGAAAUAAGCUUGCACUAAAAUUCUAAUCUCAUU